GUUAAUAAAAGCGCGUGAAGUUAAACCCGAAACAGAAUGAGACGUCCAAAUCUCCGACACUCUAACUACUAAAUCCAAGUAUUCCACAGAACUUCUUCAGCCACUUCCAUUUUCAUUCUCUUUCUCUAACUAAUCUCAUUUCACUUCUCUCUCCACCAAUGACUUACUUUAAUUGACUUCAGAAAUGGGCUUUCUCCGGCGACUUUUCGGCGCCAAAAAACCCUCCGAUUGCAAAUCCGGCAAGAAAAGAUGGACCUUCCUCAAACACACCGUCAGAAACAAGUCACUCCCGCCGCCACCGAUACCCCCCGCACUCAACACUCACUUUGAUUCCUCAACUCCCUUGGAUGCCAACAAGCAUGCAAUCGCCGUCGCCGCCGCCACCGCCGCAGUAGCAGAAGCUGCUCUCGCCGCCGCCCACGCCGCUGCCGAGGUAGUCAGACUCACAAGCGGCGGCGUCGCCGCCACAAGUACCAGCUCCAGAACCGUUGUCACGGCGGCGCGUGUUGGCAACCUUGAGACCGCCGCCGUUAGGAUACAAUCGGCGUUCCGUGGUUACUUGGCAAGGAGGGCAUUGAGAGCGCUUAAAGCAUUGGUGAAGUUGCAAGCAUUGGUUAGGGGCCACAUUGUGAGAAAGCAAAGUGCAGAUAUGCUGAGGCGCAUGCAAACAUUGGUGCGACUUCAGGCCCAGGCACGUGCAAGCCGUGCGCACUUGUCAGAUAAUACGCCUUCUUUCAACUUCAACUCUUCCCUACUUUCUCACUAUCCUGUCCCUGAAGAAUAUGAGCACCCACCUCGUGGCUUCAGUACAAAAUUUGAUGGAUCUUCUAUCCUUAAGAGAUGCAGUUCCAAUGCUAAUUCUAGGAAUGUUGACUCGGAACGAGUCGGGUUCGAUUCCAACUGGUUAAACCGUUGGAUGGAAUUAGAUAACAAGUGUAGCCAAACUGGAGAUGCUUCAUUGAAAAAUAAUGGACGCCCUGAUGAUGAUAAAAGUGACAAGAUUCUCGAAGUGGAUACUUGGAGGCCACACUUCAAGUCCCACCACAACAGUGGCAGCUCCUCUCAAGCAGCACAUUAUUAUCUGAAUGCUGAUUACAAUAAUGAGAACUUUGCGGCGGCACACGAGUCUCCAUCAAAACGUUCAGCAAAGGCUCUAAACCAAAGCUUCUCAUCAAGGGAGGUGUUGCAGCUAAGAUCAUUGAAGUUUCACAAAGGAAAAGAAGAAGCAAGUUCAAGAACUGCUGACAAUAGUCCACAAGCAUUUUCUGCCAAUUCUAGAAACGGAAGUGGUGCAAGGAGAGGAGGAGGACCCUUUACACCUACUAGGAGUGAGUGUUCGUUGGGUUUCUUCAGUGGCUACACGGGUCACCCCAAUUACAUGGCAAACACUGAAUCUUUUAGAGCUAAGGUUAGAUCACAAAGUGCACCUAGACAAAGGCUGGAGUUUGACAGAUACGGUUCCACUAGGAGGCCUGUUCCUUUGGUGGGGCCUAAUUCAGACCAUGAUUCAGAUUUAAGGAACAAAGUCUUACCUCCGUUUAACCAAACGAACAGAAUUGGGAGUAGCAAUUUAAGGUGACAUUGAGUGUGUUACAAGACAAUCCCCACUUUUUUUCCACAAAAAAGAAGAGACAUAUUAUUUCCUUUUGUUUGAGUUUCUUGUGUGUGGCAGCAGUUGAGAAUGUAAUUAUUAUUUUUUACAUGUAUUAUUAUAGUCCAUACACGAUUGUUGUCAUUGUUGACGUUUUCAGUGAGUGUGGAUUUGUAAAUCAUGACUUGGUUUGACUGUUUGCUUAGUGGAGUGCAUGUUUUUAAUCAUAACUUACAUGGAACUA